CUGAAACUGUCAGACUGGCCGGGUGGAGAAUGCAGUGGACAAGCGCAUGCUUUUUAUCACCUUUAUUUUUCCCUUAACGUUAUAUCUCCACAAGCAAGGCAUGAUCGAAACGUCAAGCAAUAUAUACGUAUGUUUGACGGUCGACAUGAAAGGGACACUCUGAAACGAGCUGAAUUUCACGGAGAAGAGAGUUCUUCCAGACUAUUUCGGUUGUCUUCACAUCGGGAUCUUGUUUUGGAUACCGAGCCCGGUUAAACCGUAUACCGCCAAUGACAAGUUCACCUCCGCGUACUAUCAAUAUCACUUUUACACGAUGUUUUGGGAAUCGAUGAACUGGACGAAUAUCUUGUUUCCUUACAUCCGAGUUUGAUGGAGCCGGUUUAACCUGUACUUAUCCGACAGCUUUCUCAUUUAAAACAUUUUCAAAGAUUUGGGUUGGUACUGGAGCCUUAUUUAUAAAUCUGGUAAAUCCUACGACAAUGUUCACGAAUAGUUCCCUCCCCAGGUUUCCUCGUUCGAAUUUGAAUGACGUCCUUCAUUUGAAUACGCAAUAGUCUAUUCUGCCAUCUCUGUUUUUACUGAAUUUGAAUGUUUCGAGACUUACUUGAAUGACUUACAUGAUGCAACAUACAAUUAUGUGAAAAUUAAUUGUAUGUUGCAUGGAAGUCAUACAAGUACGUCUCGAAAAACGAACUGAACUCACCCACCUUUUCAUUUUUCACAGUAAUCCAAGAUGACAUCGGAGGUCAGCCAAGUGUCCUUGAGUGAGCUUCCCAUGGACAACUGGAUGGCCCAUCUGCCUAGUGCACUGUGGGAUACCCCUCUCUGUUUCAUGGCUAUUCCAGGAAGCCAUAAUGCAAUAACGUACUGUCUGGACAAAAAUGACCGGUCCCCGGUGGACCUCACCCAGCCGGAUAUGCUGCAAAAGCUGGACAAGUAUAUGAAGCCCAUCAUACGACCGUUUGUUUACAAGUGGGCAAUAGCACAGGAGUGUAACGUUAGGGAACAGUUAGAUUGUGGCGUGAGAUACUGUGACCUGAGGAUAGCACAUCGACCCAAUGACAGCUCUGAUGAUCUCUACUUUUACCAUGGUGUUUAUACCACUAUUACUGUGGAGACAGUAUUAAAGGAGAUCAGUGAGUGGCUGGAUGUUCAUCCAAAGGAAGUUGUCAUCCUCUCAUUUAGUCACUUCCAGGGUCUCUCUCAGGAACUUCACACACAGCUUGUCUCAACUAUAAAGAGCGUUUUUGAUUCCAAACUGUGCCCCAAAACGGAAUGUGUGACGCUACGGAAUUUAUGGAGCCGGGGUUAUCAAGUUAUCAUUUCAUAUGAGCACAAUGUUGCCUACUGCCACCAUGAGCUCUGGUCCCACAUUCCUUAUUGGUGGGCCAACAAGUCCAAAGCUGAAGCCCUGAUGGAGGAAUUUGAACGUAGAAAACAAAACGGACGGCCAGAGUCGCUGAAGGAUAUGGUGAUGUCUACAUAUCCCACAUUACUUAGCUGGGUCAGGCAGCAGAAGCCUGGCUCUAGAACCGGCUCUCUCAACAUCAUAGCUGGGGACUUUGUGACCGAGAGUAAAUUCGUACCGACUGUUAUUGCACUAAAUGAACAUCUGCUCGAAGGGACUACUUGAUUAGUCUUCACAAUGUAAAUAAUGUUUGAGGUAUGAUUUUUUUUAUUCCUGUGAUGGACUUUUUUUACUAGUCAAGUAUGACAAAUAUGACUUUGCACUUGUUGUGAUGAUGAAUAAUUGGUGAUUAUGCACUUGUUGAGUAAUGGUGGAUAAUUUUAAGUUACGGGUAGAAUAAUGCAUUGAUUUUAUGACUUGAAUUUGCUGUCUUAUUAAUCUUAUAUAUGCAGUGCCCACUGUAUACCUCUGAUCUUGCAAUAUUGUUAGCACAUUUUAAGCACCUGGUUCCUGCAGGAUAUUAUUAUAAGGAUCCAGGGUGUCACAACAUUAAAACAUGCACCAGUCAGAAGCACAAUGUUACACAGAGGGAUACAAUAAGUAAUUUUUACAUUUUUCAAAAGCAGUGCUGAUGACUUCUCGGCACACAAAUAAGACUAUCAAACACUCAGGAUUGUGCAUUCUUUAUUAUAUGGUCUUUUCAGUUCACUCCUUAAUGGAAUGGUAACAUGGUUACUGUAUGUACUGUAAGUGCAUGGUAUGUGCACUCAUGAAGCAUGAAGAGACUGAAAAAAAUGCAUAUUUCUCUGUCAUAGCAGCAUGCCAUUUAAAUCAGAUGUGAAGUGAAGGGGUUCUCCCUUAAAAAAUAUAAAAACAUUAUGCUAGUCCAACUAUCUGUUUGAAUGGUGUAUAUAGUAUGCAAUGCACAUUUAAUAACUGGAGGUGUCAAAUAAAGAGAAUGAAAGUUUUUUUCUGUGAAACUGUUGGGUUCAAAUCAAUCUAAAAUAUACUGGUCUGACAGAAUCAUCCUUUUUUUUCUUUUUUUGGUAAAUAAUCUGGAUUUUCCUUAAACUCGCAAUGAACCUGCCUAUUUUUCUUCUGGUUAGAUUAUUUUAGUAGAUUAUCUCUGUUGUUUAUUAAACUCAAAAUAUAUUUAUUAAGAGGGCAAUAUUUACAGCAAUAUAUAUUUAAAGGGAUAGGUCACCCAAACAUAAAAAUUCUGUCAUUAUUUACUCACCUUUGAGUUGUUUCAAAUCUGUAUAAAUGUCUUUGUUCUGAUCAACACAGAGAAAUAUAUUUGGAAGAAUG